UAAAAAAAGCGCGUUGAAUAAUUAAUUAUGGAGAAAACAGAAAAAACUACUCACAAAAGCAAAGCUGAAAAGAAAGAAACAACUGAGAAGCCAGAAGAGGAGGCCCAAGAGAAUAUUCAGGAGAAAAUUGAGAAAACUAAACCUGAAGAAACUAAGAUAGAGAAGACAGAAGAAGAUGAUAACAUUAUUGAUAAGUCUGUCACCUUUAAGGAGCUAGGCCUUUGUGAUGAGCUGUGCGAGGCGGUUAAGAAGCUUGGGUUUAAACAUCCAUCUAAAAUUCAGAAAGAAGCACUUCCAUAUGCUAUGAAAGGAAAAGACAUUAUUGGGCUUGCUGAGACUGGAAGUGGAAAAACAGCAGCUUUUGCAUUACCUGUUCUUCAAGAUUUGUUAAAUGAGCAAAGACCAUUCUUCUGUCUUGUGAUGUCUCCAACAAGAGAGCUUUGUAUUCAGAUUGCAGAGCAAUUUGAAGCUAUUGGAGCUGAUAUUAAUUUAAAGACUUCUGUAUUAGUAGGAGGACUUGAUAUGAUGGCUCAAGCUAUCUCCCUUGCUAAAAAGCCUCACGUUAUUGUCGGAACUCCAGGAAGAGUUGCUGACCAUCUUGCAAACACCAAAGGAUUUAACUUAAAACACCUUAAAUACUUAAUCUUCGAUGAAGCUGAUAGACUGCUAAACCUUGAUUUCGAGAAACAAAUCAAUCAAAUUCUCUCAACUAUCCCUAAAAAGAGGAGAACAUUUUUAUUCUCAGCAACAAUGACUAGCAAGGUCCACAAGCUUCAGAGGGCUUCACUUGUAGAUCCUGUAAAGAUCGAGGUGUCUGAUAAAUAUCAGACUGUAUCUACUUUGAUUCAGAACUACCAUUUCUUGCCAAACAAAUAUAAAGAAGUAUACCUUGUUUAUCUUCUCACUGAGUUCAGUGGGAAGAAAAUUAUGGUGUUCAACAACACUUGUAUGGCCAUCCUAAAAAUGACCCUGAUGCUCAGGAACUUAGGCUUUGAUGCAGUAGCUCUUAGUGGAAACCUUACUCAGACCCAAAGAAUAGGAGCCCUCAACAAAUUCAAAUCAGGAGGCAAGAUCUUGAUAGCAACCGAUGUUGCUAACAGAGGGCUUGAUAUUCCCUCUGUUGAUCUCGUUAUCAAUUCUGAUAUUCCUGCAAAUCCUAAGGAUUACAUCCAUAGAGUCGGUCGUACAGCUAGAGGAGGUAAAUCUGGAAGAGCAGUCACUUUAGUCACUCAAUAUGAUGUAGAGAAUUUCCAGAAAAUUGAGCAUCUCACCAAGGUAAAAAUGUCAGAAUACCCUAUCAAACAAGAUGAAGCUCUCAUCUUUUAUGAAAGAGUCAUUGAAGCUCAAAGACUUGCAAAUCUUGAAGUGAAGACAAUGGACACCAAGAAAGGAUUUGUCACUGGGUCUGAUAUGAAAGACUCUGAAGAGGCAGAUCAGAGUUUAUUCUCUCUUGCUGGAAAGAAAAGGAAAGGUGGAAAGAACUUCCAAUCGAAAUCAUUUGCUAGGAAGAGGCGUAGAAAUUAACCAAUAAUAUAUAAUUUCAGUA